GUCGCUACUCGUUUGCUGCAUCUCUCAGGGACACGCACCAUCCCUCCAAGAUGUGGGCAAAGACAAUUACAGGAAAUUUUGCCAAUGUGAUUCAUGGUUUGAAUGCAAACCACUUGACAGACCAAGUCAUUCAGAGGAGCAAGCGAAUGAUUCUGGAUACUCUUGGAGUGGGGCUUCUGGGUACCAGCACUGAGGUCUGCCACAAAGUGACACAGUACAGCAAGAUCUACAGCUCAGACAUAUCCAGUACCAUCUGGGGCCACUUGGAUUUCCGACUGCCUCCUCUGUAUGCAGCUUUUGUGAAUGGAGUGGCUGUGCACUCAAUGGAUUUUGAUGACACGUGGCAUCCAGCCACACACCCAUCCGGGGCUGUGCUCCCCGCCGUGAUUGCACUCUCGGAGGCCUUUCCUCUGAAGAAAAAAAUCUCGGGUCUCGAUCUGCUCUUAGCUUUCAACGUGGGAAUUGAAGUGCAAGGCAGACUGCUGCGCUUCUCCAGCGAAGCCAGGAAUAUUCCAAAAAGGUUUCACCCACCGACUGUGGUCGGUACAAUGGGGAGUGCAGCAGCUUGUGCUAAACUGCUAGCUCUUGACCAGCUGAAAUGUAAAAAUGCCUUGGCUAUUGCUGCCUCCUAUGCAGGUGCCCCACUGGCUAAUGCAGCAACCCAAACAAAGCCCCUCCACGUUGGCAAUGCUGCCAAGCACGGACUGGAAGCAGCUUGCUUAGCAUCACAGGGCCUUCAGGGAAACAAACAGAUCUUGGACAUGGAGUCGGGGAUAGGUGCCUUUUACACAGAUUAUAACCCACAGACCCUGCCAACCUUGCAGUCCUAUCCCUGGCUGUUGGACCAGCAAGACGUGGCCAUCAAACGUUUUCCUGCUCAUCUUGGAACACACUGGGUGGCUGACGCAGCAUCUUCUGUUAGGGGGAAACUUGUGGAGAGCAGUGACAACUUGCUCCCCCUUGAUAAAAUUAAGAAAGUCAUUCUCAAAGUCCCAGAGGUCAAAUACGUGAACAGACCCAGCCCUACCUCAGAGCAUGAAGCUCGACACUCCUUCCAGUUUGUUGCAUGCUCUGCUUUGCUGGAUGGCAGUAUGUCAGUCCAGUCCUUCGCCAGUGAGAACAUUCACCGGCCAGCCUUGCAGGAGCUCCUCUGCAAAACGCAGCUGGAGCACCCUCCUGAUAACACACCUAGCUUUGAGAGUCUUUACUGCGAAGUGAGUGUCACACUUCGGGACGGCAACACGAUCAGCGACCGCUGCGAUACGUUCUACGGACACUGGAGGAAACCUCUGAAAAAAGAGGACUUGGAGAAAAAAUUUCAAUCCAAUGCCUCCAGCAUCCUGCCUGCAGAAGCCACAGAAGGCAUUAUAGAGACCGUGUACAAUCUGGAAAAAGUAGAGGACUGUUCUGUAUUAAGUAAAUUUUUAUCAGGACAGUCAGCUAGAGUGCUUUUGGCGAAGCAGCGCUCCCUUUGA